AUUGAAGUACCUCUAUACUGAAGUCUCUGUCGUCUGGCUCUCUUGAGUCAGUCAAUCCCUUGGAGGUAGCGGUCCUCAGGACCGCGUAGAGUAGGAACAACAUGGGCUCGUGUCUGCUAUGUUCCGUGCCAGAUCAUUACGUCAUGUCCGGUCAAAACACUGGCACGAUCCUAGGCCUUGUGGUGAGCUCUGAGCGCCUCGGCAAGAAAAGCGGACAGUUCUCCAGAAUCGCGGAACUUGGACACUGGCGAGCCAAUCUCUUAAUCGCAAAUACGAUCGUGAACACGGGAACGGGUCUUGAACGCGGGGACGGGUCUGUUCUCGGAGGGCAGAUCCUCCUGAACUCGAGUGCGGUGAGCUCUGCUGCCCCCGACGUCGCCGUGACAGAUCAACGUCGCGAUCCGGGUGACCUUACCUAGUUCCCGAUAGAUGGCCUUUUCGAGCAUGCCCUUCCUGAGUCUAAGCAAUAUGAACUUGCUCCGCUCAGCCUCGGUGAGGAGA